AUGCGGCAGGAAACUUCCCUGGUGCUUUUGAGCACCGUUGCUGGCAUUAGCUUAGCUGGUGCUUCUUCGGUGCCGAGGGGCGUUGCACCUGAAUUCGCCAGGUUUUACGAACCAAAGGAUAGGUUCACCUGCAUCAACCAGCCCGCCAUCGUCCUCAAGCCUUCUCAGGUAAACGACAACUCCUGCGAUUGUCCCGACGGAAGUGACGAGCCCGGAACUGCCGCUUGUGCCUAUCUCGACCCUCUCUCACCCGAGCAGCCGCUGGCAAAGUCCCUCAGCGGCACUACCAACACUUCCAAUGCCCUUCCCGGCUUCUGGUGCGAGAACAAGGGCCACGAGCCUGCUUAUGUUCCGUUCAUGUAUGUCAAUGAUGGAAUCUGCGACUACGAGCUCUGCUGUGACGGCUCGGAGGAGUACGCACACGUCAAUGGCGUCAAGUGUGAGAACAGGUGCGACGCCAUUGGCAAGGAGCACCGCCGGAUCCUGGAGGAGCGCAAGGCCAGCAAGGAAAAGGCCGUCAAGAAGCGUCGAACGCUGGUGAAGGAGGCUAAGGAGCUCCGCCGCCAGGUCGAGGCGCGCAUAACCAAGCUGAAGAGCGAGAUUGCUGAGCUUGAGACCAAGGAGGCUGACCUGCGAAAGAAAUUUGAGGAGGUCGAAAAGUCUGAAAAGGGUAAAAUCUUUAAGAGCGAGGGUGGGCAAGGUGGAAAGUUGGGCGUUCUGGUCGGGUUGGCCAAGACGCGCAUUGCCGAGCUGAGGAACACGCUUUCCAAGGUCGUUGAUCAGCGUGACGAUCUCGAGGACAGAGUUCAGGAGCUGGAGAACAUCCUCAGGACUUUCAAGGAGGAGUACAACCCCAACUUCAACGACGAGGGUGUCAAGACCGCCGUCAAGGCCUGGGAGGACUAUGCUGCCAAGGACAACACUGGCAGGCACCGCGACCUGCCUGAGGAUGAGAUCACCACCAUCCUCAAGGAAGACGGACCGGACAAUGGUAUCGACUGGAAGGAGUUUGAAGACGACGAGGGCACCGACACUGAUAUCAUCUACAGCUUUGAGGCUUAUCUCCCUGAGCCAGUCAAGGAUUUUAUCCACGAAAAGAUUGUUGCUUUCCGCGUGUGGAUGAUCGAGAACGGCCUCCUGGCCGAUAGCCCUAACCGCGGCGAGUCCCGCCUUGUUUCCGCCGCUCGCGAUGCCGCCGAUGCCGCCGCCAACGAUCUGAGCAGCAAGCGACAGAGCCUGACCGCCGAAGAGGACGAGAUCGCCAAGGACUUUGGGAAGGAUGACGUCUUCCGCGCGCUCAAGGGCAAGUGCGUCAGCGUCGAGUCGGGCGAGUACGAGUAUGAGCUGUGCUGGAUGGAGCACACGACGCAAAAGUCCAAGAAGGGCCACGGCAGCACCAACAUGGGUAACUUCAAGUCGAUUGACGUCGCCGAGGCAGACGAGGAGGAGCGCAUCGACGGCAAGGGUCUCGGGCGUGGGCCGAGGACCGUCUUGCGCUUCGAGGACGGUCAGGGCUGCUGGAACGGUCCCAACAGGAGGACGGAUGUCUGGCUUGCAUGUGCCGAGAAGGAUGAGCUCUGGCGUGUGGCCGAGGCUGAGAAGUGUGUCUACAAGAUGGAGGUUGGCACGCCUGCGGUCUGUGAGGAUGAUGCGCAGGGUACCAAGGCACCUGUCAAGGAUGAGUUGUAG